GGAAGUGGCUAAGGCUUGGCAACAGAAAAAGCAGGUUCUACACAUAGGCAUCUGUAAUAGUGACAUUUGCAGGUUAUACACAAAAUAUUUUAAAUCAUAUUGGAAGUUAAAUAUCCUGCUCAAUAAGUACGUUCUCCACAGCCGUGUUUGACCUAAAUCACAAUCCGGGAAGACUUCAAACUGAGCCGUGGAUGCAGUGAUCCAAGUUGACCAGAGAUAUCAGCGCACGGGCUAGACAUCGAGAAGAUGAGCAGCAACGGGCCUCAGAGGGUUCCAGUUCCACAGGCCUAUGUUAAGCCUAUGGCACCGCAAUCACAGCGCAUUCAAGAACAGCCAAAUGGACCACAGCGGAUUCCACGACCCGUCAGCCACCAAAAACCAGUGCAUCACGCUCCUCGAGUGAAGCCAGCAUGUCCGAAUGAUCAGAACACAAAUCCAGCGCACGCCACAGCCCACCCCCCAUCUCAAUCCAAAACGAAGAGCCACCAAGGACCUGUGGCGACGGAUACUUCAAGGGCCGCAGAGAGGUCGAAGCUGGAAUUGCCAAGCGAAAAAUCCUGUGGAACAUCUAGUUCAAAGAGUCGCUGGAGUCUGGACAAUUUUGAAAUUGGUCGAGCACUAGGAAAAGGCAAAUUUGGUAAUGUUUAUUUGGCCAGGGAGCGUCAAUCCAUGUUCAUCCUGGCCCUGAAGGUCCUCUUCAAGAAGCAGCUGGAGAAGGCUGGGGUAGAACAUCAGCUCCGAAGAGAAGUGGAGAUCCAGUCCCAUCUCAGGCACCCCAACAUCCUCCGCUUGUAUGGAUAUUUCCAUGAUUCUUCUCGUGUGUACCUCAUACUAGAGUUUGCACCCAAAGGCCAGCUUUACACUGAACUCCAGCGCUGUGGCACUUUCAAUGACCAACGGAGUGCUACGUAUAUCAUGGAGCUGGCUGAUGCCUUGCACUACUGUCACUCUAAGAAUGUUAUCCAUCGAGAUAUCAAGCCUGAGAAUCUCCUCCUUGGACCCAAUGGCGAGCUGAAAAUCGCAGACUUUGGUUGGUCUGUGCACACGCCAUCGUCAAGGAGAUCCACUCUGUGUGGCACACUGGAUUACCUGCCCCCAGAGAUGAUCGAGGGCAGAACCCACGAUGAGAAGGUGGACCUAUGGAGCCUGGGUGUGCUGUGUUACGAAUUUCUGGUCGGGAAGCCACCAUUCGAAACAAAGACACAUGAAGAAACUUACCGAAAGAUAUCCAGGGUGGACUUCAGCUUCCCUCAGCAUGUGAGUCCUGGAGGCCGAGACCUGAUUAGCCGUCUGCUGAAGCACAACCCCAUGCACCGGCUACCCACCCAGGGAGUGAUGGCCCACCCCUGGAUUGUGGAAAACUCCUCUAAGAAGCCAACCAUCCCACUUCCGAACAACCCCUCGGGUAUCAGCCAGUGACCUGAUCGGGGCCCCGUAACCUUGGGAUGUAUUGGGCUGUCGUAUUGGCCGCGGAUUCAUGUGCUCAACAGUGGUGCUUAAGGAGAACUUUAUCUGUAUGACUCCUCCCUGUUUCUUAAUGUGAACGUGUGUGUGUGCGUGUCAUGUCCUGUGCCACUUUUCCAUUUCCUGUCCCUUUCUUGUGUUGUGCAAACAAGCUGUUGGAUGCUCCUCUGUAAAUAUUUUACUGUUUUGAAAUUAUUAAAGUUUAAUAUUUUACCUCCCAUCUAAAUGUUUUCAAGAGGAAUUGUGUAUGAGGGAUCACUUUAAUAAAUAUACUCCAGAGAUGUUGCAGUAAUUUGGAUCUUGACGUUGAGACGAGACUUAAGUGUUGACUGUGUCCAUCAUGGGUUUAUUGCAAUCACUGUUUCAACUGUUUUUAGACUGAAUAAAGCAAGCUUUUUGAAGCA